GGCUGUCCUGUCUUCACCACCCUCUCUCAUCUCCAAGUUCCGUGUUAACAGUCAGGUAUUUAAUUGUUUGAUUUUGUAGUUAACAUUUUCAUUCAGGACUCUUCUGGCCCGACGCUCUCUACGAUCUUUGCAGUCAUGUCUGACCGAGGCUCUUUUGAUACCAACGUGGUGACUUUAACCCGGUUUGUGCUGGAGGAAGGGAGGAAAGCCAAGGGAACAGGGGAGCUCACUACCCUGCUCAACUCGAUGUGCACGGCCGUCAAAGCCAUCUCCACAGCGGUGAGGAAAGCUGGCAUCGCCAACCUGUAUGGCAUAGCAGGCAGCACCAAUGUCACGGGGGACCAGGUGAAGAAGCUGGACAUCCUGUCUAACAACCUGGUGAUCAACAUGAUCAAAUCCUCCUUCACAUCCUGUGUCCUGGUAUCAGAGGAGGACGAUACCGCCAUCAUAGUAGAACCAGACAGACAGGGUAAAUACGUGGUGUGUUUUGAUCCUCUGGAUGGCUCCUCUAACAUCGACUGCUUGGCUUCCAUCGGCACCAUCUUCGCCGUCUAUAAAAAGACGACAGAGGAUGACCCGUGUGAGAACGACGCGCUGCAGCCCGGUAGGAACAUCGUUGCCGCCGGAUACGCUCUUUAUGGCAGCGCCACCAUGAUGGUACUGUCCACUGGGCAGGGAGUGAACUGCUUCAUGUUGGACCCGGCCAUAGGUGAGUUCAUUCUGGUGGACAGAGAUCUGAAGAUCAAACCGAAAGGAAAUAUCUACAGUCUGAAUGAAGGAUACGCCAAAUACUUUGACCCCGCUGUCACGGAGUACCUACAAAAGAAGAAGUUCCCCCAGGAUGGCAGUGCCCCGUACGGUGCCCGCUAUGUGGGUUCUAUGGUAGCAGACGUCCACAGGACCCUGGUCUACGGAGGAAUCUUCCUCUACCCUGCUAACGUCAAGAGCCCCGAGGGAAAGCUGCGUCUGCUGUAUGAGUGCAACCCCAUGGCGUUCAUCAUCGAGCAGGCGGGCGGUAUGGCAACCACAGGAAGUCAGAACGUCCUGGACAUCCAGCCAAUCAACAUCCACCAGAGAGUUCCCGUGGUGCUGGGGUCACCAAGUGACGUCAAGGAGUACCUGGAUAUAUACCAAAAACACCAGGCCAACAAUGGCAACUAGGGGACCACACACACACCAGGCCAACCAUGGCAACUAGGGGACCACACACACACCAGGCCAACCAUGGCAACUAGGGGACCAAGCAUACAGGUACACACUCCCUCUGUAAAGACCCAUUAUAAACCAAGAGACCAAAGAUCCACACAUUCCCCUAUUACUUAUGAGACUCAACGGGAUCAGCAUGCUGUUGACCAACGAUCAUCACCAUCAACCACUAGACCGACACUCCAACCACGAGACUGUAGACACUCCAACCACGAGACUGUAGACACUCCAACCACGAGACUGUAGACACUCCAACCACGAGACUGUAGACCAAAGGUACACCCUCAAGCCUCACCACCCAGACCAAAGAAUAAGUAAACCAAGAUAACCACCAACUACUUCCCAUCCUGGACCAGGAACUGAAGGGGAACAGACCAUUUUCCCCUCAUUCCUUCAUUGUCAUUUAUUUUCAAGGAAUUUGCAGACAACCUGCAGUACCUUCUCACACUAUCGGCCCCCAGACCACAUGUCUGGAACCAGUGUGUGAAAUGUUACCAUAUGUCAGACAGACCUAAUGUUACCUCUAUGCCGUACAUAAGAUCUGUGCCUUGACACAGAUAUGGUUUGGGAUGAUGAAGCAUGUAAAUAAUAAACCUUGGUGGCGCUGUA